GUGUGUGUGUGUUUGUGUCGGCGCGUGGCAGUUCAAUGAGCCGGUUUCAGGUGCUUCUAACGGAGCACUGUCACGCGUCUCCGGCCGGAGGGGCGCGCGGCUGUUGACGUGCGCGUGAAGGAGGCGGUGUCCGCUGUUCAGAACAAAAAAAAAGCAAGGAUGAAAAGAAAAAGUACCGGAGUACCGGACAGGUGGCUGGAUUACUCCUCUGUGGGGAAUCGACUGGACGGGACGAGAUUCAUCGCCUUUAAAGUUCCUCUGAAACAGGCUCUGACUCGUCAGCUUCCCUCCUCUCGGGCCUUCAGCCACUGGGAUCUUCUGGACGCUCUGAACCGACAGAACCAGGAAGUGGGUCUGAUCAUCGACCUCACUAACACCGCCCGCUAUUACAGGCUGCAGGACGUUCCUGAGUCGCUGCUGGUGGUGAGGAUCCGCACGGCCGGUCAUCAGGUUCCCAGCAACGCCGCCAUCCUCAGCUUCAAGCGCACCGUACGCAAGUUCCUCCAGGACAACGGCGACAAUGACUUGCUGAUCGGAGUCCACUGCACACAUGGUCUGAACCGCACUGGAUACCUGAUCUGCAGGUACCUGAUCGACGUGGACGGGGUGGAUCCAGACCAGGCCAUGCAGCGUGAGUUCCUCCCACAACUCGGUUCUCCAGUGUUCAACUCGAGCCGAGGACACGACAUCGAGAGGCAGAACUACGUGACGGACCUGCGUGACGGUCCCAGGAGAAGUAACGAGGGGAUGGACGAGCCUGAGCUGACGCCUCAGAGGGGACAAGCUCAUCAAAGACCUGGAGACACGUCGCCCGAGAGAGACCAGAGAGACCGGAGGGACUGGAGAGACCAGGGAGACCCGAGGGACCAGAGGGACCAGAGGGACCAGAGAGACCGGAGGGACUGGAGAGGACCGCCCCCUGACACCUGGAACCACAGCAGGACGACUCACCGCCGUCACCAUGACGACCGCUCAGGCCCCGCCCCACGAGCCCCCCCUCACCCUGAAUGGUCCAGAUACCCCCCACAGAACCAGGACAGGUUCAGAUACCCCCCACAGAACCAGGACGGGUACAGACACCCCCCACAAGACCGGGGUAGGUUCAAAUACCCCCCACAGAACCAGGACAGGUUCAGAUACCCCCCACAAGACGGGGGUGGGUUCAGAUACCCCCCACAGAACCAGGACAGGUUCAGAUACCCCCUAAAAGACGGGGGUGGGUUCAGAUACCCCCCACAGAACCAGGACAGGUUCAGAUACCCCCCACAAGACAGGGAUGGGUUCAGAUACCCCCCACCUGAACCGGGGUGGAGUCCAGCAUGUCGCACCCAGCAGCACAGACCAGGACCUGUUCCUCCUCCGCCCCCCCGCUCCCUCCCUCGUUACUCCCCCAACUGGGCAGCUGGGCCCGAUGGAGGGGAGGGGGUCUCGACCAGACCCUCAGAGACCAGCAGACCCACUGGACCGAGCAGCAGCUAGUUGGUCCAGAAGGUCUCAGACACUAACUCAGAACAGGCCCACGACUCCGACCCAGUCUGGGACUCGGUCUCUGAUUCAGUCUUGGUCUCUGAUUCCCUGAUUCUGGACCAGAGAGUCUGAAUCCUGGACUCUGAGAUCUGAUGAGUUUUGUGUUCAGAUUUUAAGAUCGGGUCCUACUGGUCUGGAGGAAGUCUUCGAGCUCAGGAACAGUUUUUAUCUCAUCUGUUGUUGUUCUGCUUUUUUAGAAUCUGCUCCUGUUGUUGUUUUACUGAAUGUUGUGAGUCUGAGGGAACGUGAGUCGCUUUGUGAACCUCACUGAACGUCUGAGGAGAACCAAUA